GAGUGUCUGGCAGGGUAUGUGUCUGUGAGAGUGUCUGUGGCAGGGUACACAUGUGUGAGAGUGUCUGUGGCAGGGUACGUGUGUGUGAGAGUGUCUGUGGCAGGGUAUGUAUGUGUGAGAGUGUCUGGCAGGGUAUGUGUGUGUGAGAGUGUCUGGCAGGGUAUGUGUGUGAGAGUGUCUGUGACAGGGUACAUGUGUAUGAGAGUGUCUGUGGCAGGGUACGUGUGUGUGAGAGUGUCUGGCAGGGUAUGUGUGUGUGAGAGUGUCUAUGACACGGUACGCGUGUGUGAGAGUGUCUGCGGCAUGGUACGUGUGUGUGAGAGUGUCUGUGACAGGGUACGUGUGUGUGAGAGUGUCUGUGGCAGGGUACGUGUGUAUGAGAGUGUCUGUGGCAGAGUACGUGUGUGUGAGAGUGUCUGCGGCAGAGUACGUGUGUUUGAGAGUGUCUGCGGCAGGGUACGUGUGUGUGAGAGUGUCUGCGACAGGGUACGUGUGUGUGAGAGUGUCUGCGGCAGGGUACGUGUGUUUGAGAGUGUCUGUGGCAGGGUACGUGUGUGUGAGAGUGUCUGCGACAGGGUACGUGUGUGUGAGAGUGUCUGUGGCAGGGUACGUGUGUGUGAGAGUGUCUGUGGCAGGGUAUGUGUGUGUGAGAGUGUCUGGCAGGGUAUGUGUCUGUGAGAGUGUCUGUGGCAGGGUACACAUGUGUGAGAGUGUCUGUGGCAGGGUACGUGUGUGUGAGAGUGUCUGUGGCAGGGUAUGUAUGUGUGAGAGUGUCUGGCAGGGUAUGUGUGUGUGAGAGUGUCUGGCAGGGUAUGUGUGUGAGAGUGUCUGUGACAGGGUACAUGUGUAUGAGAGUGUCUGUGGCAGGGUACGUGUGUGUGAGAGUGUCUGGCAGGGUACGUGUGUGUGAGAGUGUCUAUGACACGGUACGCGUGUGUGAGAGUGUCUGCGGCAUGGUACGUGUGUGUGAGAGUGUCUGUGACAGGGUACGUGUGUGUGAGAGUGUCUGUGGCAGGGUACGUGUGUAUGAGAGUGUCUGUGGCAGAGUACGUGUGUGUGAGAGUGUCUGCGGCAGAGUUCGUGUGUUUGAGAGUGUCUGCGGCAGGGUACGUGUGUGUGAGAGUGUCUGCGACAGGGUACGUGUGUGUGAGAGUGUCUGCGGCAGGGUACGUGUGUUUGAGAGUGUCUGUGGCAGGGUACGUGUGUGCGAGAGUGUCUGCGACAGGGUACGUGUGUGUGAGAGUGUCUGCGGCAGGGUACAUGUGUGUGAGAGUGUCUGCGGCAGGGUACGCGUGUGUGAGAGUGUCUGCGGCAGAGUACGUGUGUGUGAGAGUGUCUGUGACAGGGUAUGUGUGUGUUAGUGUGUCUGUGGAAGGGUACGUGUGUGCAAGAGUGUCUGCGGCAGGAUACGUGAGUGUGAGAGUGUCUGUGGCAGGGUACACGUGUAUGAGAGUGUCUGUGGCAGGGUACAUGUGUGUGAGAGUGUCUGCGGCAGAGUACGUGUGUGUGAGAGUGUCUGUGACAGGGUAUGUGUGUGUUAGUGUGUCUGUGGCAGGGUACGUGUGUGUGAGAGUGUCUGCGGCAGGGUACGUGUGUGUGAGAGUGUCUGUGGCAGGAUACGUGUGUGUGAGAGUGUCUGUGGCAGGGUAUGUGUGUGUUAGUGUGUCUGUGGCAGUGUACGCGUGUGUGAGAGUGUCUGUGGCAGGGUAUGUGUGUGUGAGAGUGUCUGUGGAAGGGUAUGUGUGUGUUAGUGUGUCUGCGGCAGUGUACGCGUGUGUGAGAGUGUCUGCGGCAGGAUAUGUGUGUGUGAGAGUGUCUGUGGCAGGGUACACGUGUAUGAGAGUGUCUGUGGCAGGGUACAUGUGUGUGAGAGUGUCUGUGGCAGGGUAUGUGUGUGUUAGUGUGUCUGUGGCAGUGUACGCGUGUGUGAGAGUGUCUGAGGCAGGGUACGUGUGUGUGAGAGUGUCUGCGGCAGGAUACGUGUGUGUGAGAGUGUCUGUGGCAGGGUACACGUGUAUGAGAGUGUCUGUGGUAGGGUACAUGUGUGUGAGAGUGUCUGAGGCAGGGUAUGCGUGUGUUAGUGUGUCUGUGGCAGUGUACGCGUGUGUGAGAGUGUCUGUGGCAGGGUAUGUAUGUGUGAGAGUGUCUGUGGAAGGGUAUGUGUGUGUUAGUGUGUCUGCGGCAGUGUACGCGUGUGUGAGAGUGUCUGAGGCAGGGUACGUGUGUGUGAGAGUGUCUGAGGCAGGGUACGUGUGUGCGAGAGUGUCUGUGGUAGGUUACGCGUGUAUGAGUGUGUCUGCGGCAGGGUACGUGUGUAUUAGUGUGUCUGUGGCAGGGUACAUGUGUGUGAGAGUGUCUGCGGCAGUGUACGCGUGUGUGAGAGUGUCUGAGGCAGGGUACGUGUGUGUGAGAGUGUCUGCGGCAGGGUACGUGUGUGUGAGAGUGUCUGCGGCAGGAUACGUGUGUGUGAGAGUGUCUGUCGCAGGGUACGUGUAUGUGAGAGUGUCUGUGACAGGGUACGUGUGUGUUAAUGUGUCUGUGGCAGUGUACGCGUGUGUGAGAGUGUCUGUGGCAGGGUGUGUGUGUGUGAGAGUGUCUGUGGAAGGGUAUGUGUGUGUUAGUGUGUCUGCGGCAGUGUACGCGUGUGUGAGAGUGUCUGAGGCAGGGUACGUGUGUGUGAGAGUGUCUGAGGCAGGGUACGUGUGUGCGAGAGUGUCUGUGGUAGGUUACGCGUGUAUGAGUGUGUCUGCGGCAGGGUAUGUGUGUGUUAGUGUGUCUGUGGCAGGGUACGCGUGUGUGAGAGUGUCUGCGGCAGUGUACGCGUGUGUGAGAGUGUCUGUGGCAGGGUAUGUGUGUGUGAAAGUGUCUGUGGCAGGGUAUGUGUGUGUGAAAGUGUCUGUGGCAGUGUACGCGUGUGUGAGAGUGUCUGAGGCAGGGUUCGUGUGUGUGAGAGUGUCUGCGGCAGGGUACGUGUGUGUGAGAGUGUCUGCGGCAGGGUACUUGUGUGUGAGAGUGUCUGCGGCAGGAUACGUGUGUGUGAGAGUGUCUGUGGCAGGGUACGUGUGUGUGAGAGUGUCUGUGGCAGGGUACGCGUGUGUGAGAGUGUCUGUGGCAGGGUAUGUGUGUGUGAGAGUGUCUGUGGAAGGGUAUGUGUGUGUUAGUGUGUCUGCGGCAGUGUACGCGUGUGUGAGAGUGUCUGCGGCAGGAUAUGUGUGUGUGAGAGUGUCUGUGGCAGGAUAUGUGUGUGUGAGAGUGUCUGCGGCAGGAUACGCGUGUGUGAGAGUGUCUGUGGCAGGGUACACGUGUAUGAGAGUGUCUGUGGCAGGGUACAUGUGUGUGAGAGUGUCUGUGGCAGGGUACGUGUGUGUUACUGUGUCUGCGGCAGUGUACGCGUGUGUGAGAGUGUCUGUGGUAGGGUACAUGUGUGUGAGAGUGUCUGCGGCAGGGUAUGUGUGUGUUAGUGUGUCUGUGGCAGUGUACGCGUGUGUGAGAGUGUCUGUGGCAGGGUAUGUGUGUGUGAGAGUGUCUGUGGAAGGGUAUGUGUGUGUUAGUGUGUCUACGGCAGUGUACGCGUGUGUGAGAGUGUCUGAGGCAGGGUACGUGUGUGUGAGAGUGUCUGAGGCAGGGUACGUGUGUGCGAGAGUGUCUGUGGUAGGUUACGCGUGUAUGAGUGUGUCUGCGGCAGGGUACGUGUGUAUUAGUGUGUCUGUGGCAGGGUACAUGUGUGUGAGAGUGUCUGCGGCAGUGUACGCGUGUGUGAGAGUGUCUGAGGCAGGGUACGUGUGUGUGAGAGUGUCUGCGGCAGGGUACGUGUGUGUGAGAGUGUCUGCGGCAGGAUACGUGUGUGUGAGAGUGUCUGUCGCAGGGUACGUGUAUGUGAGAGUGUCUGUGACAGGGUACGUGUGUGUUAAUGUGUCUGUGGCAGUGUACGCGUGUGUGAGAGUGUCUGUGGCAGGGUGUGUGUGUGUGAGAGUGUCUGUGGAAGGGUAUGUGUGUGUUAGUGUGUCUGCGGCAGUGUACGCGUGUGUGAGAGUGUCUGAGGCAGGGUACGUGUGUGUGAGAGUGUCUGAGGCAGGGUACGUGUGUGCGAGAGUGUCUGUGGUAGGUUACGCGUGUAUGAGUGUGUCUGCGGCAGGGUAUGUGUGUGUUAGUGUGUCUGUGGCAGGGUACGCGUGUGUGAGAGUGUCUGCGGCAGUGUACGCGUGUGUGAGAGUGUCUGUGGCAGGGUAUGUGUGUGUGAAAGUGUCUGUGGCAGUGUACGCGUGUGUGAGAGUGUCUGAGGCAGGGUUCGUGUGUGUGAGAGUGUCUGCGGCAGGGUACGUGUGUGUGAGAGUGUCUGCGGCAGGGUACUUGUGUGUGAGAGUGUCUGCGGCAGGAUACGUGUGUUUGAGAGUGUCUGUGGCAGGGUACGUGUGUGUGAGAGUGUCUGUGGCAGGGUACGCGUGUGUGAGAGUGUCUGUGGCAGGGUAUGUGUGUGUGAGAGUGUCUGUGGAAGGGUAUGUGUGUGUUAGUGUGUCUGCGGCAGUGUACGCGUGUGUGAGAGUGUCUGCGGCAGGAUAUGUGUGUGUGAGAGUGUCUGUGGCAGGAUAUGUGUGUGUGAGAGUGUCUGCGGCAGGAUACGUGUGUGUGAGAGUGUCUGUGGCAGGGUACGUGUGUGUGAGAGUGUCUGUGGCAGGGUACGUGUGUGUUACUGUGUCUGCGGCAGUGUACGCGUGUGUGAGAGUGUCUGUGGUAGGGUACAUGUGUGUGAGAGUGUCUGCGGCAGAGUACGUGUGUGUGAGAGUGUCUGUGACAGGGUAUGUGUGUGUUAGUGUGUCUGUGGCAGUGUACGCGUGUGUGAGAGUGUCUGUGGCAGGGUAUGUGUGUGUGAGAGUGUCUGUGGAAGGGUAUGUGUGUGUUAUUGUGUCUGCGGCAGUGUACGCGUGUUUGAGAGUGUCUGAGGCAGGGUACGUGUGUGUGAGAGUGUCUGAGGCAGGGUACGUGUGUCUGAGAGUGUCUGCGGCAGGAUACGUGUGUGUGAGAGUGUCUGUGGCAGGGUACGCGUGUGUGAGAGUGUCUGUGGCAGGGUACGUGUGUGUGAGAGUGUCUGUGGCAGGGUACGUGUGUGUGAGAGUGUCUGUGGAAGGGUACGCGUGUGUUAGUGUGUCUGCGGCAGUAUACGCGUGUGUGAGAGUGUCUGCGGCAGGAUAUGUGUGUGUGAGAGUGUCUGUGGCAGGGUACACGUGUAUGAGAGUGUCUGUGGCAGGGUACACGUGUAUGAGAGUGUCUGUGGCAGGGUACAUGUGUGUGAGAGUGUCUGUGGCAGGGUACGCGUGUGUUAUUGUGUCUGCGGCAGUGUACGCGUGUGUGAGAGUGUCUGAGGCAGGGUACGCGUGUGUGAGAGUGUCUGAGGCAGGGUACGUGUGUGUGAGAGUGUCUGCGGCAGGAUACGUGUGUGUGAGAGUGUCUGUGGCAGGGUACACGUGUAUGAGAGUGUCUGUGGCAGGGUACGUGUGUGUGAGAGUGUCUGCGGCAGGAUACGUGUGUGUGAGAGUGUCUGUGGCAGGGUUUGUGUGUGAGAGUGUCUGUGACAGGGUACAUGUGUAUGAGAGUGUCUGCAGCAGGGUACAUGUGUAUGAGAGUGUCUGCGGCAGGAUACGUGUGUGCGAGAGUGUCUGCGGCAGGAUGCUGUCAGGCUGUAGAGUCACAAAAGAAGGCUGUUCUUCCUUGGCUUCAGCUCUGAGGUCAAACCCCUCACACCUGAGAGAGCUGGAUCUGAGCUACAAUCACCCAGGAGACUCAGGAGUGAAGCUGCUCUCUGCUGUACUGGAGGAUCCCAGCUGUAAACUGGAGAAGCUGAAUGUGGAUUACGGUGGAGAGUGCAGGACCAGACCAGGCUUACAGAAAUACUCCUGCCAGCUGACGCUGGACCCCAACACAGCAAACAGACGCCUGUCUCUGUCAGGGGGGAACAGGAAGGUGACAGGGGGGGCAGAGCAGCCAUAUCCUGAUCAUCCAGAGAGAUUUGACAGCUGGGAACAAGUUCUGUGCAGAGAGAGUCUGACUGGCCGCUGUUACUGGGAGGCUGAGUGGAGUGGAGAUGGAGCCUGGAUAGCAGUGACUUAUAAAGGGAUCGGGAGGAAAGGAGAGAGUGACUGUGUGUUUGGAUUCAAUGACAAGUCAUGGUGUCUGUACUGUUACACUGACAGAUACUCUGUCCGGCACAAUAAUAAAGAGACUCUCAUACCCAUAGAGCCCUCAGGCCCCCGCAGAGUAGGAGUGUAUCUGGACUGGGGGGCUGGUGCUCUGUCCUUCUACAGAGUCUCCUCUGAUGGACUGACCCCCCUGCACAGACUCACCUCCUCAUUCCCUGAGUCCCUCUAUCCAGGGUUUUGGGUUUAUAGAAACUCCUCAGUGUCACUGUGACGUGUUGCUGGUUCUCCUGCAAAAAGGUAAAAUCUCUGCUUUUUAAACUUUAUAAUCCUUUUUACUCUGAAAUGUACAGAACUGUGCAAAAGUCUGAGGCAGGCAAAGAAAAUGAUGUUUAGAUUAUCCUCCUGUUGGUGUAAAACUAUGAUAUGAUGCCUGUCAAAGUGUGUCAGCUUCGCCAUUUCAGAACCUCUGCUAAAAUCAUCCUAGUAUUUGCAGCGACCGUCCAGUGCAGCCAUGUAUUUUUUGACUUGGCCACUAGCAGACCUCAUACAGCUAGUCAAUCUCUCACUGACUUUUUAAACCAAUAUAUCUAAUUAUUUAAUUGAGCUGUUGGUGAAAUUUAACAAAAUCAUGGAGCGGCUGAGGUGCCCCUGAGGAGAAGUUUGGGAACUGAAGCGGUGUUCAUCUAGCCAUCCAACUAGAUAUCAGUAAGUUUUUAGGAAACAGAAGAAAUUAUUACUAGUUUUUAUUGUGUUACUUUUAAUUUGCACACAUUCUAAUAUUAAAUUGUGUUUUUUGUUCUAAGCCAAAGUACACUUGCUACCCAGAUAAACAGCUUUAAACAUUUCUUUGGACUGCCUAAGACUUUUACACAGGACUGUGUGUUUGACAGAAAAUAAAUGACUUUUUAGUGAGCUGAAUAACAUCAAAAAUAUAGUUUAAUACGUUUUUUUCUCUGACUAAAAUGUAAUUAAAUGUAAAUGUAAUCCUGAUGGGGGGGGGGCUAUCCCCUUCUCCUGUAUAUGUACAUUUUAUAUAUUAUAUAUUUAUGUCCAUUUACUGUAUUCCCUCCCUGUACAAUGACAAUAAAGGCUUUCUGUUCUGUCCUA